AUGGCAGCUCAUGGGGAAGCGUAUGAGUUGCGAUCUACGGGUAAAGAUAUAUCAGUAACGGCCGACCGAAACCCUUCACCGCAGUCAGAAUCAGGUGCGACAUCGAAGCAGGAAACUCUGACUAACCGCCAACAUGAGGGACUGUCGAACAGUACUCGCAUUAGGCGGUUGUUCUCCGAGGCUCAGCUCUUUGCAUUUGCUUUGACGUUCAUGUCAACAUGGGUGGGAAUGAACACGAACAUCUUCUUCGCCUUAUACCAAGGCGGACCACAAACUUUCGCAUGGGGUGUCCUGAUCGUCUACAUCGGCGCCAUCACGCAAGCUGCCAGCAUAGCAGAGAUGAGCUCUACCCUUCCAAUAGCCGGGGCACAGUAUCACUGGACCCAUCAUCUCGCACCUCGCCGGAUCCGACGCUUCGCAACCUGGAUGCAAGGCUGGUUCACCUGGUUCGGCUGGGUGUCUCUCGAAUGCGGAAUAGCAAACAUCACCGCCAUCAUGGUUCAACAGAUGGCGAUGCUCAACAACCCCAACUACGUCCCGAAGAACUGGCACAUUACUCUGAUCAUGAUCGCCAUGCUCAUCAUCCACGGCGCCAUCAACUCCACGAGCUACACCUUUGCGCUCGUCCCAUGGCUCGAGCUCCUCGCCGGUAUCCUCUAUGUCUGUCUCUUCGUCAUCUUCAUGUGUGUCUAUCUCGUCCUCGGCACCCGCCACAGCACCGACUACACCUUCUUCCACCGCGAAGUCUCGUCCGGCUGGAACAACGAAUACGUAGCCUGGAACCUCGGCCUCCUCACCUGCGUCUGGUCCUUCACCGGCUUCGACGGCACGGUCCACAUGUCGGAAGAAACCAAGAAAGCCAAACAAGCCGUUCCGCGCGCGACCCUGUACUCCAUCAUGCUCAACGGCGCCUUGGGCUACUGCAUGGCCAUCACGCUCAUCACGUGCAUGGGCCCGAUGGAAACCGUGCUAGAAUCCGGCUUCCCCGUCGCGACCAUCCUGCAGCGCAUCACGGGCUCCGUCGCCGCCACCACGGCCCUGAUCGCGGGGCUCUUUAUCUUCUCCUUCUGCCUGUGCAUCGCCUCCAUCGCCUCCGUCUCGCGCCUCACCUGGGCCUGGUCCCGCGACGGCGGCCUCCCCCGCUACCUGGCGCACGUCCACCCGCGCCACCUCGUCCCCGUGCGCGCCGUCUGGUUCUCCUGCCUCGUCGUCGCCCUGCUGAGUCUGCUCAACGUCGGCAGCACCGCCGCCUUCGGCGCCAUCACCUCGCUGUCCAGCAUGGCGCUGUAUUUCUCCUACGCCAUCGCCAUCUCGUCCAUGCUGUUUGCGCGCUGGACGUCGACGCGCAGCGGCGGAAACGAGCCGCUGGAGCUUGGCGAAUGGAAUUUGGGGAGCUAUGGUGUAUACAUCAACGCGUAUGCGCUCGUGCAUACCGUCUACAUGUGGGUUUGGCUGCCGCUGCCGCAGACCCUGCCGGUGACGGCAGAGAAUAUGAACUACGCGGGGCCCAUCUUCGUGGCGGUCUUGCUAUUUGCGUUGGGGUCGUGGUUCCUGCGUGCGCGGCAUAGUUGGGCCGGGCCGAAUCCGUUGAUCGUGGAUUAUAUCAAGUCUCAGGAGUAG